AUGUGGGUUCGCAUGGCGUUGGAGGCCGAUGCGAUGGAAGAGAAGGAACGAGCUGGGUGGAUACAGCGAUCGCAAAUGCGGAAAGAAAAGAGAGAACGAAAAAUUGCUCAAGUCAGAUCGCGGAAAGCUGAUACCUGCAACGAUUUGAAAAGAUGUGAGUGA